AUUUUGAUUUGAAAUCAUGGCCAAUUAUAAAAGUUGCAUUAUUUCUGCACAAAACGCAUUAAAUGAACUUUUGGAAUCCUCGUCAUCAUCAUCGGAAGGUGAAGAAACUUCUAUACUAUUCAGUAGAGAAGAACGUACGCACGUAAAAGAUUUUAUUGUGGACGUGGUCUGCUCAUAUACUGAUGCCGAGUUUAGAAAACACUUCAGGGUGAGGCGUGAAAGUGCAAACUAUUUGAUUGCCAAAUAUUCUAGCAGCACAUACCAUGCUAAAAGGACGUAUAGAGGCGGAAGAGCAGAAUUCAGUCAUGAGACGCAAAUACUGAUGUUUUUGUGGUUUUGCAGUAAUAAAACUACAUUCCGCGAGGUUGGAAACCUUUUUAAUAUGUCGCUUUGAAGCGUGCAUAAAAUUUUUAAUCUUUAUGUUUGACGAAGUUGCUCCAAACGGGAUUGGUUUUCCAAUAGAUGCUGCUGGAAAAGAAGAAAUUGGCAGUGAAUUCAAGCGCAUUUGUGGAUUCCCAAAUGUUUUGGGCUGCAUUGAUGCCAGCUAUAUAGCGGUGAGAACUCCAAAGCACAAAAUCAGAUCCACAUAAAUAAAUAGGCACGAUUCGAUAUCUAUAACUAUGCAAGGUAUUUGUGAUGCGAAUUUGCGGUUUUUGGACGUUUUUACCGGAGUUCCGAGUCAAAUGCACGACUCUCGUUUGCUAAAGCUGUCGUUUAUUGGUAAGGAGCUGGGUAAAUUGUGCUCGCCCGAUCUCCUUGGAGAUUCCGCUUAUCCACUCCGCACUUAUCUAUUAACGCCCUACCGAGACUAUGGGAAUCUGACCGAGACUGAAAGAAAAUACAAUUACAAGUUUUUUCAAACACGUGUAAAGAUUGAAAAUGCAUUUGGAUUGUUAAAGUGCCGCUUUCGGCAGAUUAUGAGACUAGAUUUUCACGUUGAGCCAAUGGGUAAAUUCAUAGUUGCAUGCAUCAAUAAAAAUUACAUUUUCGAAGAACAAUUGGAAUACAUUGAACAUAGUUCUAAUCAAACGCAUAUUUUGGCAGAGGAUGUUAAUGAGGCCGUGCUAAGUGAGUUGGGUGAAAUAAAGAGAAAUCAA